AUGCUCUCGAAGUACAUCUUUUUAUGCUUUCUAGUGGCCUCGGCUACUGCUGCCCAUAGCUCCAUCUAUGAAUUCUACGGUAAAGACGCCUACCAGUACCAUGGAUGCACGGGAUUUCUCCUGCUGGCGGCCACUUUUUGCACUGGCAAGAAGGGCAAGCACGAUACUUCGUGUUUUUGCAAAAACGAUAAUGCUGUGGCGUCCGUUGUUGGAUGCAUGGACGACAUUGGCAAGUUGAAUAAAGGCGCCAUGAAGUACCUUAUCAAAUCGUGCAACGAGUACAACAUCCCAUUGACUUUUGAGGAUUUGGAGAAAUACAACAAGAUGUACCAUGAAAAGGCCAAGUUUCCUAGUGAGAUCGAGGGCUUCAACAAGACAAAAGCGGUGGAUGUACCUAUCAAGGCUAACGUCUCGCUUGCUGCAAGCUACUAUGAGUCGUACUAUAUCUUUCUCGGGAAUUUCGACAGAGCCAUGUACUACGGAGCAGGUGCUCUAGGCUACUGGGCAUUGGUGUUUCUUAUGGCUAUUGUUGCAAACUGGGCUGUGGUGAUAUUUCCAUCCUUGAGAACCACCUUCAACGGACGUCUUUCCAAGCUUUGGAGAAAACACAUCACUUUGCCUGCUUUGGUGAGAAAGAAGAAGAACGAUCACCAGACGAACCUCGGUUUGUUCAACUGCCUCGUGCCUUCGAGAAUGGAAUCGCUUAUUGUGUUUGGCUUCUUCUGGCUUGUCUUUGGAUCUUGUUUUGGACAAAUAAGAGUGGUCCCCAAUGACCCCGUUUUCCCUCAAAGCUCUAUUGCUAUAAUGAGAGUAGUUGCAGACAGAACCGGUAUCAUGGGUACGGUGCUUCUUCCGUUGCUUUUCCUCAUUGGAGGUCGUAACAACUUUUUGCAAUGGUUGACCAGAUGGAAGUUCUCCACCUUUAUCAUGUACCACAGAUGGGUGGCCAGAAUCAUUGUGUUGCUUGUGUUCAUCCACUCUGUGCUUUACUCGGCCAUCUACGUCAAACAAGGAAGGUAUGCCAGAAGCAUGAAGAAAUUGUACAUUCAGUACGGUAUUUUGGCAACCUCUUGCGGUGGUCUCAUCUGCUUUCAGGGUUUGUUGCUCUUGAGAAGAAAGGCUUACGAGGUCUUCUUGGUGGUCCAUAUUCUUCUUGCAGUCGGUUGGGUCGUUGGAGCCUGGUACCAUCUUGAAAAAUUCGGAUACUUGCCUAUUAUCUACGCCACGAUCGCCGUCUGGGCAUUUGACAGAUUCAUCAGAGUCGCCAGAAUGCUCUGGUUUGGAUUCCCUAAAGCCCAGGUUACGCUUGUGGAAGACGAGACUUUGAGAGUUGUGGUUCCCAAACCCAAGCACUGGAAGUCCGUUCCUGGUGGCCAUGCCUGGCUUUACUUCUGCCGUAGCUGGUACUUCUGGCAGUCUCAUCCAUUCACGUUUUUGGAGUCCACUACUGACGAUAGCAGUAUUGUGUUUUUGUGCAAGGUGAAGAAAGGUCUCACCGAGAAGAUUGGCAAGAAAUUGGCCCUAGUUCCUGGAAAAACCUUCUCCUGUCGUGUCAGCGUGGAGGGUUCUUACGGUGAAUCCUGCCCUGUUUCCAAACACAGCAGUGCUGUUUUCCUCGCUGGUGGUAACGGUAUUCCAGGUAUCUACUCUGAGAUCUACGACUUGGCCAAGCGUUCUGUGAACAAUACUAAACAAAUGCUCAAGCUUGUGUGGAUCAUUCGAGAGCCAAAAAGCUUUGCCUGGAUGUUCGAGGAAAUGGAGGCUUUACGUCAUACCAAGAUUCAGACCACCAUUUAUAUUACCAGGCCGGAUUUGUCCAACAACGAGGAUCUCUUGUCGAUGCUCAGCAGAAGGCUUGAAACAGCCUCUUCUUCUGAAGAGCUGGACAAAAAAUUGGAGAAGGAGGAGUACAUCUACGAAACCGACAGUCUUGUUCUGCGUUUGAGAGAGCAAUUCCCACACAUCAACUUUGAAACAGGCAGACCUUCCAUCAGCAAUAUCGUUCAAAGCGAAAUCGACGAGUGCAGCAACAGCGCCGCUUUCAUCAGUUGUGGACAUCCUGCCAUGGUGGACGAUUUGAGGAAGUCUGUGGUCGAGAAGAUUGACUCCACCAACAAGAGAAUCGACUUCUACGAGCAGCUCCAGGUGUGGGCAUAA